UAUUAAUGUAAAUAUUUGAGACCAUCGUCAAGUACUGUGAGAAAAAUGAUAUAAAGUUAAUUGAAUCAGGUUGGCUAUUAUACUGUCAUGUAUUGGGAAUGAUAGGUAUAAUUUGGAGUUUCUUCUUGGAGUCUGAAUUGUUUUAUAAAUACUACCUAGUAAAAAAAUUAGUUAAAUUUAGGCUUUCUUAAUUUGGCAUAGCUUAACAGGUUUAGGAAUCACAGGUGGAGCACAUAGAUUAUGGGCACAUAAAUCAUAUAAAGCAUCAUGGCCAAUUAGAGUGUUUUUAAUGUUUAUGAAUUCAAAUUGUUUUUAAGGAAGUAUUUGGCAUUGGAGUAGAGAUCACAGACUUCAUCAUAAAUUUAGUGUAUAUAAACUAUAAAUAUUUAAAGGAUACACCAUUAGAUCCACAUAAUUCUUAAUUAGGAUUAUUUUUUUCACAUUGUGGAUGGUUAUUGAAAAAAAAGAGUAAAGAGCUAGUUGAUGAAGGAAUGAAACUUGAUUUAUCUGAUUUGAAAGCUGAUUCUGUUGUUAUGUUCUAAAAGAGACAUUAUUAUAAAAUGGCUUUCCUUUGGGCUUUUAUAAUUCCAACUUUGACUGGUUUAAUUAUAAGUGACAAAUGGUUCUUCAGUUUGUUGUUCUUAGGUUUUGGAAAAUACAUCUUUACAUUGAAUGCAACAUGGUAUUUCUUAUAAAUUUAAUGUAGGUGUGUUAAUUCAAUCUGUCAUUUUUAUGGAAGUAGAAAAUGGAAUCCAAGAAUUGAACCAAGAGAUAACAUUUUUGUCUCAUUAAUUACCUUAGGUGAAGGAUGGCAUAAUUGGCAUCAUGAAUAUCCAAGAGAUUGGAGAGCUUCUAAAAAUGAAUGGUGGAUGAUCAAUCCAACAUGUUCAUUUAUUUAGAUGUGUGAAUAUAUUGGAUUAGUAAAUACCAAAAGGGCAAAACAAGAAGACAAAGUAAAAUAUGAUUAUUGAUUUUUUUAUUCAUUUGAAACACAAAUC